CGCCGUCAUCGGUCCGCGCGCCCAAACGUUUGGACCCGUUCCCGCAAAGUCCCCGCCGCCGCCGACAAGCGGUAUCACGCGAGUUUCACUCGGACCCGCGGAAUAGGGACGGCCCGGGGUUUUCCUCCGCAGCGCUGUGGUUUUCCACUUUUUGCGUGUGCCGACACAUGGCUGCUGCGGGCCGAACGGUCGGCGACGGGCCGGCUGGAGUUUUGUUGCGACAAUAACGUCGUUCGCUCGUCGCGCCGCAGACGACCGCACGACCCCGCGACAACGUUAAAAUAACGAAAGUAAUAUUUUCGUCGUUAUUAUUAUGGGAAACAAAUGCUGCAAAAACCAGUCGUCCACGUACAGUAGCGCCAACGCGACCAUCAGAUCGUUCUCGUCCUACAACUCUUCGAUCCUCCGAUCGGGCGGAAGUCAUGCAAUCACUUUUGGAACCUCUACUCGUGCUGGUGACUCCUUAACCACCCUCACCAUGAAGUCAAGUAAUAACUCGGAUGUUGGUAGUAAGGAUUACCAAGGUGGCUCAUCGAGCACUGUUGGCCAAGAAGAUCUGAUUCCAAUAUUUUUGAGACGCCUUAACGACCUUAACAUCAGAGUCGGGACCAGAACUAGGUUUUUGAUCGAGCUCGAUGACGCUACGGGUGUUCAGGUCCGUUGGUACCACAACAACGUAGAAGCCGACAAUGAAAGAUACCAGUACAUUCACGAAGGAGGGUUUUAUUGUUUGGACAUUGUUCCUGUGACGUUGUUCGACGAAGGUCUAUGGGUGUGCACCGCGCAAAACUACGCCGGGAAAUCGUCGACUGCUGCUCAUUUAUCGCUAACCGUUCCGAAAGCGUUUAAAAAACCAAUUUUCGUCGAGCAGCUGAAGGCAGUGCUGACGCAGCGUGGAAUCGUCUCACUGGAGUGCAAGGUGAUCGGCGUCCCGACGCCCAAGUUACGAUGGUACAAAGACGACAAGGAGAUCAAAGCCGGCGACAUAUUCGCGCUGACGGCGAAUUCCGAAGAAGACUGCCUGGGCAUUUACACGUGCGAGGCGACAAAUGUCAUGGGCACCGCGUUGUCUACGUCAAAAAUACAAGUGACUCACACGCCACUCGACGGAAACCACGACGCAGACAGUCUCAUACCAUACGGGCCGCCACCGAAGUUCGUGAAAUUUUUAAAAAACGCGUCCGGAAAAGUCGGCAGCGUACUGUUUUUGGAAUGCCAAGUCGAAGUACCACCAUGGCCCCGAAGUAUAGGAUGGUAUAACGAUAAUGGCAUAGUAAACGAAGGGCCAUUGUACCACCUGUUGGCUGAUGGCUUGGGCAUGUAUGGCGUUGAAAUAAAAUCACUCAGAGCCGAUCAUAGCACCACUUGGAAAUGUGUCGCUACUAGUUCGACUGGAGCGAAGGCUGUUACUUCAUGUGUGGUUUCAGUGUCAUACCCAAAGAAUUACCGGGUACCAAGAUUUUUAGAAAGCCUAAGGGCAAUCAUGACCGAUGAAGGUUUAGUUAGCUUUGAAUGCAAGGUCAUCGGAUACCCUACGCCACAACUCUUGUGGUUCAAAGACGGCAAGCAACUUCAACCUGGAGACGUUUAUGAGUUAACUGGGAGUAAAUCUUUAGGUAGCUAUUGUUGUGUCGCCCGAAACUGCAUGGGCGAAACAAGUAGCCUUGCUGAACUUACGAUAGAAGACAUCCAAAAUCAAUUGAACGAAAGUGAAAAACUUCAACUAACGUCAAACACACAGCCACCAAGAUUUUUAUUGGGACUUAAGAGUAUUGAGGCUAACAUUAAUGAAUCUUUUGUUUUUAUGAUAAAAGUCACAACUGAAUCUACACCUUCAAUCAGCUGGUAUAAAGAAGAUGAACAACUAACUGAAUCAAAUCGAUACCAGUUUUCUACUGAAGACAAUGGGACAUAUAUUUUAAACAUAGUUCCGCUCGAAAUUGACGAUCAGGCGGAAUGGAAGUGUGUGGCAAUCAACAAGUAUGGUCAAACUGCAACGUCUAGUUUCUUGAAGUUAAAUAUUCCAAAAAAUUUCAAACGUCCGAGAUUCCUCGAGGAACUGCGAAUAGCGUUCUCAAACGAGGGUUCGGUUAACUUAGAGUGCAAAGUAAUUGGCGUCCCGCAACCGCAACUGAAAUGGUUUAAAGACGGCCAAGAGCUAAAUCCCGGUGACAUGCACAAAAUAAUUUCAGGACAAAGUGGUACGUGCUGUUUGGGUACUUACACUUGUCAGGCACACAACUGUAUGGGAACGGUGUCCAGUUCAGCAACACUAUUGACAAUGGAAGAUAAGUCCACGGUCAAAUCUUGCGCAUCGGAAGAGUAUUUAUCUGUCGGGAAUCCGCUUGUACGCAAUGAAUCCUUGUCGACAAUCCCCGAAGAGAGGACAAGCCAAAUGGAAAAAUCGUACACCAUUGAAGAACCCGCUGACAUUUCAUUUUCAUUUGACGGCAAAGAAGUGACCGUUUCACUUUAUGAAACUCCAGACCUAACGCACGACGAAGCAUUGCAAAUCAUUGAAAUGUAUGCGGACGAACUUUCUGAACAUAUAUCAGAAGACAAUGUUGUUGAUUUGCCUUCGUUGCGAAUUGUAAAAGAAUCGUCGAUUUCCGGCCCGGUUAUGAUGGAAGCUUUGGUUAUAGACGUACCUAUCGAUUUUUGCCGACAACAAACAGUAUCAGACACUGAAUUCGAUGGCGUUUCACUGACCGAAGACAUUACUCUUGCAAUUAACGAUAAAAGCGAAAGCAUAUGUGAAAAUAGUCUGGAAUAUUUUUCGGACCAUUUGUCGUCUGGAAAUUCGAAGCGUGAGGAGUUUUAUAGUGCGAGUGAAACGACGCCUAAACAUUCAUCAGUGAUUUUAAAACAGCAAUCGGGAGACGAUGGCCAUCAGUCUUUCCACACACCAAAACUAUUUAUGUCAGACUCCGACGAUCAGAUUUUAACGCAACUGAAAUUAGACGAAAAACUUUUAUCUCAGAAUUCUACACAUGUAACCGGACCAUUGGCUCGGUCUGAAAGUAAUAACACCGAAGAAGAAGUGUCUGAAACAUUGGCUGAAAUAGAAAACGAACCACCAUUAUCACAUAAUUAUUGUGCAACUGAAAUUGUUACUCAAUCUGACGAAGAUGGAUUAUACUCAACAGUAUUGAACAAAAUACGUGGUAAAGGAAUGGCGAGUGUGAUACUUAGUUCAGAAGAAGACAACGUUUUGAAAAUUAUUUCCAGACCAAAUGUGGAUGAAUUUUUAAAAUAUAUGAAAAUUAUUUUGGAAGGUACAAUGGUAAAAAUGCGCACUCACGAAAAUUUUAAUUUCACUAGUACGACAACUGAACUUGAACGUUCGAUCCAAGCACUACAUUCACUGGCGUGGAAAUUUAUUGAAGAAACGGAGAGAAACGACGUUUCAGAGUUGGAAAAAAAUACGGCUGAUAAUGUAUCAAGUUUAAUGACUGCAAUAAACGCGAGUUUGUUAGCAUUAGAACAAAUCGAUGAUCCAUUUGGUGUUUCAGAUAAUAUACUAAACGAAAUACAAUCAUCCGUAUGUUUUGAUUUAGAAACGCUCAACAAUAACAACCUUCCGGCCACGGAAAUUUUAGAUCGUUUGUCAGACCAAAUAAAAAACUUCACAAUUGUUGUCAAUAAACAGGUAGCCCGAGUUACAGAACAACGUAUUAUAGCUGUGUUACAAAACACGAUCGGCACUACUUUGGUAUAUAUAAAAACGCUACAGCAAAAUUGUUCUAAAAUAAAAUGCGUGGACAUAAAUUCAUUGGCCCCUUUAUUUUCAAUGGUACAACCAUUAGAAACUAUUUUAAAUGACAUAGCUGAUAUGGAAGAGGCAUCGAUGGACGAUAACAAACCUAACUUUAAAUUAAAACAAAUAUUAAUACCCCCCAUUAGUUCUAUUGCAUUUGCUUUAGAUAAUUUAAAUACAGCAUUAAAAAGUGAUAGUUCAGAUGACGAUCAAGAUUUAAAAGAUAUAUACGACAGAAUAAAUGAAUCAACUCAUCAAUUUAUGACACUCGCUUCGCAUGGCAUGGAAAGUAAUAAAAUAGCUGAAUGUUUCAUAUCUUUCACAAAACCGAUUAACGAUUUAUGUUGUCAUCUGAGACGGUUAGGCAGAUCAACGGAAAAUAUUGUGUCUUCUGAUUACGGAUCUGACGAUAAACUAUUACUAGAUUUUGAGACACUUUUUGACGAAUUGAUGAUAGAUAUUGACACAUUAAUCAACAAUGUAAAUUUUGUUCAAGAUUCCGAAAACAAUAUGAAUCCUUUAGGAUCUUUAUUAGAACCAUUGCAAGACAUGAAAAUCGGGUUGUUCCAAGUUAAUCAAGUUUUGCUUUCAAACCAAACUGGUUCAACCAUGAGUUAUGAAGUUAUGAGUUGUUUUGAACAUUUAUCUCAGCAACUCGUUCAACUCAACAAUUGUAUUGUGAAUCAAUCAAUAGUAGAAGAGACAGACAAGGAAAUACCAUUUGAGUCUUCAAUAAAAAUGAUGCAAAACAUUCUAUUCGACGAUGCUAUUGAUGAUUUAGGUGUAAACGGAAUACUUUUUGGUAGUGUUAUGAAACCUCUUUUGCAACUUCAAAAUCUUAUUGUUUCAAAAAUGGCUUCAGUAGAAAGUGACCUUAGUUUUUCAGAGCAUACUGAUGUUACUGGUGGGGCUUGUGAUACACAAUCAUUGAGUUUAUCCUUGUCAAACAACGCACAGACCGUCUUAGAUAAAACUGCCAAUGAGAACUCGAAACAAGUAUUAAUUGAAUCAUCAAUCAUAGAUAGUUUAGAUAAAGAUUGUGAUAAGCAAAAUAAUAUACAUAAGGAUACUCUCGAAAUAGAAAAAGAUUCAAUACUUUUUGAAAAUAACAUGAAUAAUGAUUUAGUUAUAAAAAGAGGUUUUGAAUGCAAUAUUGGGGAAACAUUCAAAUACGAUGAACCAAAUAUCAUAACAUCUGAAGAUGAUCGAGACAAUUCUGGUUUUGAAGCACUGUUUGAUGAAACUGAUUUGGAAACGAUAAGUGAUUUUGUUGAAGAUGUAUGUUUGGAUAAUAUUAUGAAUUCUAAAGUUGAUGAUAAAUUAUCAGAUUUAUUAAUGAGUGAAAAAGAUAUUGAUAGUAUACACCAGAAAACUGAUGAUAUUAUUCCAGAACAUGUAUUAGAAUCAUUAGAAAAAAGUAAACAACAGGACUUAAUUUUAAAUUCACCAGUGGAUUUAUUUGAGGAACUUCAAGAAACAUUAAAAAAUAUGUCUGAAGUAGCACGAGAUGGAACAACAAAAAUGUACGACUUGGAUAAUAAUAAAUUAAACCAUAAUGAUUUACAAAAAAUUGAUUCGACCGAUACUAAUCAAAUUUGUAAUGAAACUAAUAACUUAUUAGACGGUUCAAUAGAUGUAGAUCAAAACAAUGAAAGCGAGACGUUUAAAAAUAAAUAUAUAAGUAUUAGUGAUCAAAAUGUUUACAAAGAAGAACAAGUGUUUGAAAUAGGACAGGACGUAGAUUUCGUUGAGAAUUUAGAAUGUUUAGACUCUGAUAAAUCAAUAUCUAAUAACACGGUUAUUACAGUUAAUGACAUUUCUGAUUCAAGUGAAGUUAAAAUGAAAAGAACUGAUAUGACGAACAAUUUAGAAACUGUUGUUGAUCUACUUGAAUCUAAAACAGUAGAUAAUGUGCCGGAUGAAAAUGAACCUUUAAUUAACUCUGUAGAUGUGCUGAAUAAAAAUGAAUGUUUAAUUACAUCUUUACAUAAUGUGGUGUCAAAAAUAAAUGACAAUGAUGCAGAAACUCAGGAAUCUGUAAUAUCGAACAAAUUAAAUGCUACUGAGUCUAUUAAAAAUAUAACGAUUCUUUCAAGUGAAGAUAUUAUGAUUGAUACAAAUAAGUUAAACGAAUCCAAGGAAAUGAAUACUAUAAAUAAUUAUAAUGACGCAGAAAAUGAAGAUACAAUGUUAAUGAAAGAAGUUGAAAUACUACCAAUUAGAGAAAACGUUUCACACAAGUCAUCUUCACAAAAUGAUGCUGUCAUAAAUGAAAUUGAUGCAAUUCAUAAUUUAGGAACGGAUACAGUCAUUCAAGUAGCACAAACUAGAAAUGGAAAUGAAUACAACACGGAAAACGACGAAGAAAAUAAUUCAAUAGAUAAAUACACUAAUGCAACAGAAUUAAAUAAAGUGUUAGGAACAUUAGUAGAAGAAAAAAAUGUUAUAACACCAGAAAUUAAUUUAGUGAUCGAAGAUUAUAAUUCUUCGAUAAUUGAAUCCAGCAAAAUAAAACAAUGUGAUAAUAAUGAUUUAUUAAAUAAAAGUAUUUGCGCUGUUGAAGAAAGUGUAAUAUCUGCAAACGAACAAAAGUCUUCCAUAGUUGAUGUUAAUUCAAUAACAAUCUUGGAAGGUAAUAUUAGCAAGGGCAUCUUUGAAGAACAAAAUUGUGGAGACGAAAAUUUGAGUUCGUUAAAAAAUAAAAAUAAUGCUUCUGAUACAUUUGAAACUAACCAAGAUGUCAAUUUGGAUAAACAGUUACAAUACAAUUUACAACCAAAUGUAAAUCAAACUUUAACAACCGAUAAUAAACAAAUUGUUCCUAAUUGUACUGACUGUGAAAAUGUAAUGAACCCGAUAACAGAACAAAAUGUUCAUCAAACCGAAGAAUAUGUUCUUAUAAAAAAUGAUAAAAAUGAAAGUGAAUUAAUUAAUGAACAACAUUUAGAUAAUGUUCAACAGAAUUCUUUUAUUGUUCAAGAAAAUGACAUUUUACAACAGUCUAAUAAUGAAGUAAAAGAUGUCAAAGAAUUAAAUGAGCCAUGUGAUACCUUAUCUGAUAUGAAAUUGAAUAAUGAAAUAGAAUGUAUUAGUUCAAAAAUAGAUUUACCAUCAGAGAUAAUUUAUUCAAAAAAUGAUAUUGAUGUUACAAAUGCUAUCCAACAGUGUGUUUUAGAUGGUAAUAAGUGUGUUGAUUCUAUGUUGCCAGUUACUGAAUUGAUGACUCAACCAUUUGGGUCUACUGUACUAGACAAGCAGUUAGUAAAUACUAAUCAAAAUUUUGAAGAAAAUCAAAAUGCAGCGGAAAAAUCAAAACAAAAUGAAAAAAAUGAAAAUAGUUUUGAAAGUAAUAACAUUAUUGACGACAUAGUAGUUAAAUCUAAAAAUGAUCUAAUCAACGAUUUUAAAAGUUCAGUUAAUUUUACUUUAAAUGAAAAAGAAACAGUUUCCGAUGAGAAAAUUAAUUCUGAAAACAAAACGACUGAAAUAGUAAUGAACGAAGAAAAAGAGUCCAUCAAUACAUUCAAUAAAUCGUAUGAACAUUUAAUACAAUCUACUAUUUUCGAAAAUAAUGACACAACUCUAACGGAAAAUACAUUAACAAAUAGUGAAAUAAUUCCAUUGGAGAGCACACAAUCAAUUGAUCCAUGUAAAUUUGACGAAAAUGAAGUUGAAAUACAAUCCAAAGAAAAUGUAGAUUCCAGAUAUGAACGUAACGCAGUCUCAGAUGAUAAAGAAAAAAGGAUAAAUAAUUUGGAACAUUUAGAAGCUGAAAACGAAAUUAUAUACUUACCAGAUAGGAUGAUCAAUAAGGAUGAAGAAAAAUCCCCUAGUGAAAUUCAAUACAUACAAAAUAAUGAGACUAAAUCGAUUAAUAAAUCGACAAAUAUCGUCGUUGAACAAAUGACUGCUUUGAUAGGUAAUGAAACGAUUUCUGUAUCCAACGUUCAACCACUAGAUACAGUUGUUAUUGAUAUUGAAAAUACCAAAGAACAAGUGGCUGUAGAAGAUCAAAUCGAUACCGUAGAGAACAGUAAUGACCAGAGAGAUGAUGUGCAAGAAAUAUCAAAAACCAACAUUGCAAAAGUAGAUAAUUUAAAAAUACUUGCUUCGGAAAUAAACUGUUUACUCCUUGAUAAUGACCAAAUUCUAGAUUUCUUUGAUACCAAAAAUGACUUAGCUAAUAAUCAAGAUAUUUCUGAAAACAAUUUUGGAAAAUCAUUGGACGAUAAAAAUAAUUUAGGAGAGACAGAAGAUUUAAAACAUGAUGAAAUAAAUACCGAAGAAAUUAAAGAAGAAUUUAUAAAUUUAAAGGAUCUUGAGAUAUCAAAGAUUAAAUUAGAAACAAUUAUUGAUAAUAAUCUAAGAGUUGACUCUAACAAAAGUACAAAACAAAUAGAAAAUUCAACAUUUAAAAACCCAUCAAAGUUAGCAAUUGGUGAACUAAAUAUCUCAUCAGAAACUCCUGAAAGGGAAUGUUUAUCUAUCAAUAAAGAUAUUGAUGAUAUAAAUAUAGGAAGUUUGAAUUCCAAUAUUUCUGUAAAUGAAACUAUGCAGAUGACUAAUGCUAAAGUUGAUACUAUAGAUCAACGUGCAGAUAUUUCCAAAACUGUAACACAAAAUACAGCAGACGUCAGCAAGGAAAGAACAAAUGUAAUAACAAAAGAUUAUUCUGAUGAUAAUCAUAAUUGUGAUAGUACUUUAUCUAUAAGCGAAGUUCAAGAAAACAAGGAGAGAAAUACUACAAACGACAAUAAUGAAUAUGUACACUCCAAUAAAACACCUGAUACUAUAAAUAUUAAUGAAGAUACAUUGAUAAACAAAGGGAAAAUUAAUGAUGAGAUUAAUCUUGUUACUGCUCUUGAAAAUAAAGCCAGUCUUCUAAAUGAUUUUAUGUUUGAAAGUGAAAUUAGUGAUUUGCCUACAGAAGAACCAUUAAACAUUCUUUCUAUAAUGCCAAAACUGCAUUGUGUAGAAAAAAUUGCAGCUAAUGAAACUGAAUGCGUGAUGUUAGAAAAUGUAAAUGUCUUAAAACAAGCUGAACUCAAUGCUGCGGAAAAUAUUAACCAACAUGCAAAAGUGGAACACGAAUUAAACAUCGCUGCAAUCGGGAACAUAAUUAUAGAUUACGAUAGUAUAAAAGAAAAUUCUUUAACUGUAGGUGAAGAAAAAAAAAGUAUAGAAAAAGCAACUAUGGCUAUAACUUUGAACGACCAUUCGUUUGAAAUCGUGUCAACCAAUGUCGAUAUUUUGGAUGGGUGUAUUAAAGAUGUGAUGAUAAAAGAAGAACAGAUUAUAUAUUCAGACACUAAUGAGGCGUCUAAAAUUUCUACAAGAUCGACCAAACGUUUAAGUGAAAACGAUAAUCCUGAAGACAUAGCAGUUAAUAUACUAAAUGAUCAAAUUCAAAAUACAGAUAAUUUAGUCAAAGAAAAUGUAGAAACUAAAGUCGCAUCGUUAAAUAAAACAACAGAAAUAUUGAACGACGACGACACUCAUAAUCAAGAAAAUGUAGGUUUAAAUAAGGAGCAGAGCGAAUUAGCUGAUAAAUUACAACAAUCCAUAAAAAAUCCUAAUCAAAUAUUUGAAACGUCAAUGAUAUCUGUGGAAGAAAAUGAAUCCAUAGAUAAAGUUAAAAGUGAUGUUUUGAUUACAAAGAUCAAUACAACAGAUGAUGAAAAGACUAUAGAUAGAAAAGAUAUUGAGGAUAUAAAUCGGAAAUUGAGUGCAAAAUCAAAAGGAUCAACGACAAAUAAUAUUGGUGAAAGUGAAAAUAAAAUUGACACAAACAAAAUCAUUAAUGAAACUAUAGAUCUAUCAAAUAAAGAGCUGUCAGAUGAUAAUAAAAAUACUGAAAAAAUAGGAGUUGAAUUGAAUAACUUAGAUCCAGGAAUUGCUUCAGACAAUAAUAAAAAUCCAGAAGCAAUAAUUGAAAUUAGUACAAACAAUCAAAUAAAAUUGACAGAAAAUAUUGUAGAAAAAGAUAAGACAAAACGAGGAAGUGAGGAAAAUAAAUCAUGUGCUCAGCCAGAUGAUAAAAAAUCACCUUCACCCGAUACCACAAAAAGUAAUACUAAUAUAAGUGAAAUAAACAUUGACAAAACCAAAGUUAUCGGUAAAAGUAUCGAUGAAAUUAAUGAAAAAUUAUCAGAUAACAAUGAAGAUAUUGAAAAUGUUGGCGUGAAAUUGGAUAAAAUAAGUCAAGAAAAUGUUUCAGACAAUAAUAAAGCUUCAGAAGAAAUAAUUGAUAAAGACAUUUCAUAUGUUAAUAAAAAUCAAAAAGACAAUGAAAUUGGUUCAGACAAUCAAAUCAAAUCCACGGAAAAUGUUGUGGAAAACGACAAGACAAAAAGUGGAAGUAAGAAAAAGAAAUCAAGCCCUCAGCCAGAUGAUAAAAAAUCACCUUCACCCGAUACCACUGUAAGUAAUAUUAUUGGCAGUGAAAUCAACAUUGACAAAACAAAAGUUAUCGAUAAAAGUAUUGAAGAAAAUAAUAAAAAACUGUUGGAUGACAUGGUUAAAAUUACAUUGGAUAAAAUAGAACAUGUGAUUCCUCCAGACAAUAAUAAAGUUCCAGAAGAAAUAAUUGAAAAUUAUAUUUCAAAUAUUGAUGAAAAUGAAAAUCCGAAGGACAAUCAAAUUGCUAUAGACAAUCACAUAAGAUCAACAGAAAAUGUUGAAGAAAAAGACAAGACAAAACGUGGAAGUAAGAAAAAGAAGUCAAGCCCUCAAACAGAUUAUAAAAAAUCACCUUCACCAGAAUCAACAAAAAGUAAUACCAGUGUUGAUGAAUCAAACAUUGACACAACAAAAUUUAAUGAUGAAAGUAAUGAAAAAUUGUCAGAUAACAAUAAAGAUUCUGAAAAUGUUGGCGGUAAAUUGGAUAAAAUACUACCAGAAAUUGUUUCAGAAGAAAUAAUUGAAAAAGACGUUUCAAAUGUUGAUAAAAAUGAAAAUCUGAAGGACAAUCCAAUUGGUAUAGACAGUCAAAUAAAAUCAACAGAAAAUGUUGUGGAAAAAGACAAGACAAAGCGUGGAAGUAAGAAAAAGAACUCAAGCCCUCGACCAGAAGAUAUAAAACCACCUUCACCGGAUACCAUUAAAAGUAAUAUUAAUAUAAGUGAAAUAAACAUUGACGCAACAAAAGUUAUCGAUAAAAGUAUUGAAGAAAUUAAUGAAAAAUUGUCAGAUAACAAUAAUGGUUCUGAAAAUGUUGGCGGUAAAUUGGAUAAAAUACUACCAGAAAUUGUUUCAGACAAUAAUAAAGUUUCAGAAGAAAUAAUUGAAAAAGACGUUUCAAAUGUUGAUAAAAAUGAAAAUCCGAAGGACAAUCCAAUUGGUAUAGACAGUCAAAUAAAAUCAACAGAAAAUGUUGUGGAAAAAGACAAGACAAAGCGUGGAAGUAAGAAAAAGAAAUCAAGCCCUCAGUCAGGCGAUAAAAAAUCACCAUCACCGGAUACCAUUAAAAGUAAUAUUAGUGUUAAUGAAUUAAACAUUGACACAACAAACGUUAAUGAUAAAAGUAAUAAAAAAUUGUCAGAUACCAAAGAAGAUUCAGAUAACGUUGGCGUUAAAUUGGAUAAAAUACUACCAGAAAUUGAUUCAGAAAAUAAUAAAGUGCCGAAAGAAAUAAUUGAAAAAGACGUUUCAAAGCUUAAUAGAAAUGAAGAUCAGAAAAACAAUCAAAUUGAUACAGAUAAUCAAAUAAAAUCUGUAGAAAACGUUGUAGAAAAAGACAAUACAAAACGUGGAAGUAAGAAAAAGAAGUCAAGCCCUCACCCAGAAGAUAAAAAAUCACCUUCACCCGAAACCACAAAAAGUAAUAUUAGUGUUGGUGAAAUAAACAUUGACGCAAAAGUUAUCGAUAAAAGUAAUGAAGAAAUAAAUGAUAAAUUGUCAGAUAACAAAGAAGAUUCAGAUAAUGUUGGCGGUAAAUUGGAUAAAAUACUACCAGCAAUUGUUCCAGAUAAUAAUAGAGAUCCAGAAGAAAUAAUUGAAAAAGACGUUUCAAAUGUUGAUAAAAAUGAAAAUCCGAAGGACAAUCUAAUUGGUAUAGAAAGUCAAAUAAAAUCAACAGAAAAUGUUGUGGAAAAAGACAAGACAAAGCGUGGAAGUAAGAAAAAGAAAUCAAGCCUUCAGUCAGGCGAUAAAAAAUCACCAUCACCGGAUACCGUUAAAACUAAUAUUAGUGUUAAUGAAUUAAACAUUGACACAACAAACGUUAAUGAUAAAAGUAAUAAAAAAUUGUCAAAUAACAAAGAAGAUUCAGAUAAUGUUGGCGUUAAAUUGGAUAAAAUACUACCAGAAAUUGAUUCAGAAAAUAAUAAAGUACCAAAAGAAAUAAUUGAAAAAGACGAUUUACAUGUUAAUAAAAAUGAAAAUCAGAAAAACAAUCAAAUUGGUACAGAUAAUCAAAUAAAAUCUACAGAAAAUGUUGUGGAAAAAGAUAAGACAAAACGUGGAAGUAAGAAAAAGAAAUCAAGCCCUCACCCAGAAGAUAAAAAAUCACCUUCACCCGAAACCACAAAAAGUAAUAUUAGUGUUGGUGAAAUAAACAUUGACGCAAAAGUUAUCGAUAAAAGUAAUGAAGAAAUAAAUGAUAAAUUGUCAGAUAACAAAGAAGAUUCAGAUAAUGUUGGCGGUAAAUUGGAUAAAAUACUACCAGCAAUUGUUCCAGAUAAUAAUAGAGUUCCAGAAGAAAUAAUUGAAAAAGACGUUUCAAAUGUUGAUAAAAAUGAAAAUCAGAAGGACAAUCUAAUUGGUAUAGACAGUCAAAUAAAAUCAACAGAAAAUGUUGUGGAAAAAGACAAGGAAAAACGUGGAAGUAAGAAAAAGAAAUCAAGCCCUCACCCAGAAGAUAAAAAAUCACCUUCACCCGAAACCACAAAAAGUAAUAUUAGUGUUGGUGAAAUAAACAUUGACGAAACAAAAGUUAUCGAUAAAAGUAUUGAAGAAAAUAAUAAAAAACUGUCAAAUGAAAUAGUAGAAAUUAAAUUAGACAAAAUAAAACAAGUAAUUCUUCGAGACGAUAAUAAUGUCUCGGAAGAAAUAAUUGAAAAAGGAUUUUCAAAUGUUGAUAGAAAUGAAAAUCCGAAGGACAAUCCAAUUGGUACAGAUAAUCAAAUGAAAUCUACAGAAAAUAUUAUAGAAAAAGAUGAGACAAAACGUGGAAGUAAGAAAAAGAUAUCAGGCCCUCAGCCGGAUAAUAAAAAAUCACCAUCAUCUGACACCACAAAUAGUAUUAUUAGUGCCAGUGAAAAUAAAAUUGACACAAUAAUUAUCGAUGUAACAGUCGAAGACAAAAAUAGAAAAAUAUCAGAUAAUAAUAAAAACUAUGCAGAAGACGGAACUAUCGUAGAACCGGAAAUGGUUUCUGUUAAUAAUAAAAGUAUGAUAGAAAUAAUUGAAAAAGAUUUUUCAAAUAAUAAUCAAUCUAAAAAUCAAACUAACGGCGAAAUCAGUAUUGCCGAUAAAAUAAAAUCAACAAAAGAAGAUAAGACAAACCGGGAAUGUGAGAAAGAUAAAUCAAUCCCACUCGAUAAAAUAAACAAAAAAACCAAUGAAAAACUUGAAAUUAAUAACGAAAUUGAAAAAAACGAAAAUACGAUUUCAGAUUUAAGAGAAAAUUUCACUGAACAGUUACCUAACAGUAACAUACUAUUGGAAAAGAUGGAAAGAGGGCGCACUAUAAAAUCUUUAGAGAAUAAUAAUAUCGACACUAUUGAAAAGAGCAAAAAAAAUAUAAUUGAUACACAUUUAGUAACAAAUCCAGACAAAAGUGUGACGGAUAAUGAUAAAAAAGAACGAGGAAGUGUAAAACAAGGAACGAGUACUAAAUCACCUUUAAUGGAAAAAUCUGUAAAAACGGACACAAUAGUUAACGAAAAUGUUGAUGUAAAACCAAAAGAUAAUACCACACAUUUUCUUACAAACAACAAAAAGGUACGAACAUUGAGUGGGAUGACUGAACAUGACGUUAUCGACGUACCGGAAAUCCGAAGCUCGGAUAAACGUCCAGUUAAUCGUUAUCUACUGGACGUGACUGACGCACUUAAGUCACGCCCAAAUAGCCUGGCGUACAGAUCCUUGACGCCGGACCCACUGACUUCGUACAGAUCCUUGACGCCUGAUCAUAUGAGCUCAUAUAGAUCUCUAACGCCGGAGUGUCCGUCCUACAGAUCAAGUUUAACACCGAGAUCUAAGUACACAAUAUCGUCAAGAUUUGCGGGUUCAUCAGACAGAGAUCUAUACGGUGGCAGCAGCAGUAGCCGCAGCAGCAGAAGCAGCAGUCGAUCGACGAGUCCUUAUCCGCCAGAGUCGAGGAUUUCGGCCCGAAGUCUUUGGCCGCCUACCAACUUGGCGGCGUACCGGUGCCUUUCGGAGACAUCAAUUCCUCUCAGUCCAAGGCGUAUGGAAGUAGAGGCAACUUCUGGUUGGCCACACACGAGCUAUGGUGUGACCACUCGGAGACGCAGGGGCUCUGACAGUUUCCUGCACGAUUCAGGAGUACGAGACGGAGGUUAUUAUUCGAGUUGGAGAUUAUCUGACGGCCGAACAGCAACACACAGUGCUACCGAAGACCUUUACCGGGCAAAGGAAGCGUUCAAAGGUCUGUACUUUUGCGUUCGGAUGAUAGAUCAAACAGUGUCAUCCGGCGCUCGGGUUAAGUUCUGGUGCAGCGUUAUCGGCCAUCCAGAACCGCGUGUUCAGUGGUAUCGAGAUGGUCAGAAACUCAACAGUUUCACGUACAAUUCUUCCGCAAGGUAUCAGACAAAAUACGACGGAGGUUUGGCCCAAUUGAUCGUCGACAACGCCCAAAGUGGUGAUUCCGGCGAGUACACGUGCGUGGCCACCAACGGCCGUGACCGAAUAUCAACCACCGGAUUUCUGACGGUGUACACGUCGCCGUCGGUUUUCAGGAAACCUCUUCUACAGCCAUCGCUGUCUGUCGAAGGUACCGAGUCCGGCCGUGGACUUUACUCUCGGACCAGCCACGAUUUCCGGUUAUCUGCAAACGACAAGUUCGAUUUCGGCUGCCAGAAGUUUGGCGGGGACUUGGCCACUAGGCGCCCUGAGUAUCCAAAGUUCGUGUCCAGUAUAAUCGCUGACGACGUGGCGACUUAUGGUGGUACGAUUGCCCUCCAGGUCCGGGUGCAAGGUUCCCCAGUGCCUAAUGUUACGUGGAUGCGCGAAUCUAAACCACUACCGCGGUUAUCGGGCAAGUACGUCUACCUGGAUGAGGGUGGGCUGUACACGCUGCUGGUAAUGGACAGCACGGCCGGUGAUGGCGGAAAGUACGUGUGCCGCGCGUGCAACCUUUACGGGGUGGCGGACACGGAAAAGGCAGUUAGGGUGGUGUCACCGCAGGACUACACAGACCGCAGGGGCGUGAAACCGGCCAUUAUCGUGUCAAGACCUAACGACCGGCUGAAUGUGGCCGUCGGCGAGGACAUUACCGUCACCCUCCGGGUGGCUGGUGAACCGAAACCCAAAGUCAUAUGGAUGAGAGGUUCGAGGGACGUGACAUUCCUCGACCGAUCGCUAAAGGAGACGGUCAACGACUACGUGAUGCUGUCGAUCAAAAAGGCUCAACCGUCGGACGCCGGGACGUAUUUUAUUAUAGCUAAAAACGUGUACGGAUCUGAUAGGGCGUUUGUCACCGUCGGGGUGAGGAAACGUGCGAGAUCGUUGACACCGCCGCAAAUCAGAAAUACGAUCGGCCGGUGGUUUGGGCCGACGGGCGGCGGCGGUAGAGGAGGCUGCGCAAACAACGAGGUUCCGGGCCCCGUGCGCAGCGAACCGACGGUGACCGACCGGACCAACAACCGGAUAUCGUUGCAGUGGGAUAGACCGGAAAAACCGGAAACAGUGCUCGUCUACAGGGUGGAGACGCGAUCGGUGGAUGAGGAAUGCUGGCGGCAGGUCGGAAUGACUCCCACAAACACCAUAGACGUGUACAACCUGAAACCGGGUUACCGGUAUCAGUUCCGCGUAGCGGCCCGCAACAGGUUUGGAUGGAGCCAGCCAGUAGCCAGCGAGGGGUAUGUGGACGUUUUCGAGCCGAAGUGUCUACCGGAAUUCCGUCAACCAUUGCCUGGGCAAACCCGGGUCUUACUGCGGCACAGUGCAACUUUACAGUGUCACGUGCGAGGUGUUCCGGAGCCGCGGGUGAGGUGGUUCAAAGACGGCGAACCUUUGCUGGCGUCGGACAGACAUGCGGUCGGGCGCACGGAUGGAGGAAAGUGUACGCUGACGAUCGCGGACGCGGUUGACUGUGACGCGGGUCGGUACUCUUGCGAAGCCGUCAACGACCAGGGGAGGGUGUGUACGUUGACCGUCGUCCAAGUGAUAGCCAACCGCAAGAUUGUGGAGGCGGAACGGAGGCUUCAAGGGUGUCUGAUGAAAAACAAUGACUUCAAAGAAUCGGCGCCGGUAUUUACUAAACAUCUGAUCGACCGAAGAGUGGAUAUCAAUUCUACUGUCCGGUUGUCGUGUCAAGUUAACGGAUUACCCACGCCGUUAGUUCUGUGGUACAAGGAUGGUCGGCCAGUAGACUUUGCGAGUGGAACGGAGGGUGACAGGAAACCGCCGGUCAGGGACGAUUCGAACGACUUCUACACCCUGGAGCUGACCAGAGUCAAGUACGACGACAGCGGUACUUAUGCGGCGGUGGCGUCCAACGCGAUCGGGAAGGCAUCCACACGGUGCGUGUUGGAAGUGUUCAACAAGAACCGCACCGAUCCAGCGGUACCGUCGUUCGUUUUCGGUCUACCGCCGACCAGCGAAGCUGUGGACUCGAUCGUUUUGAGUGCACAAAUCGACGCGUACCGUCCCGUCAAAGUCGAAUGGUUCAGAGACGGAAUUCAAUUGAGAAAUGGACGGAGAGUAGACAUAAUUACUGAUCACGACGGAAACCUAGAACUGAGGAUAGCGUGUGUAACAAACCGGGAUUCAGGUACUUAUAUGUUGAGAGUGUCUAAUGACACUGGCACGGUAGAAAGUCGUUGCGAAGUCAAUGUGGUGGAACGUGAACAUAAAGACACAGGGAUGGAGCAGAUCUCUUUGAUUAAUCAUUUAUAUUCAAAAAAACCAAAGUUCGUCGUAAAACCAAAAUUUCAAGAAGUAGAAGAAGGCCAAGAAGUGAUAAUCGAUUCAGAGAUCGUGGGUGAUCCAUUGCCGAAGAUCACGUGGCUCAGGGACGGUUUAAAGCCGGAAUAUUAUCGCGACAAUUCAGAGUUUUUGUGCGUAUCUAACGGAAAUCGUUAUCAGCUGAAAAUUCCUCACGCCAAACUCACACAUACGGGGACGUACACGUUACUGGCCUCCAAUCCGCAUGGACAGAUCAAAGCGCUAAUAUCUCUCCAAGUCUACUCGACAGGACACUGCAAGAAAAAAAUGGAAAAUGGGACCAACCACGCAACGGUGGAAAGGUUACCGAGAAUAAGUCGAGGGCUGGUCGACAUCGAGUGCCGGGAGAACGACAGCGUUUCGUUCGAGUGCAAGUUGAACAUAACGCAAGAGACGGACAUUAGAUGGCAAAAAGACGGCAAAUUGGUGAGAUUAGGCAAGCACAUUAAGUCUCAGCUGGUCGACGGCGAUACGGCUCGUCUCGACAUAUCCACUGCGAGUCCGCUGCACGAAGGACUAUACACGUGCACAGCUUUCAACGAACUGGGCCAAGACUCGACGUCGGCGCGACUGGUACUGUUGUCGGAUUCGCAAGACACCGCCAAGGCACCCCAGUCGAACGGACAGCGAAAUACCAUGCUAAAUUCACCAAUACUAGCAGGUGAAACUAACGACAGAUGUACCAAACGGUUGAAGCGAAGCAGCGGCCCCAAAUUUUACGCCGUACUUCACGACCGGAUCGCCGACGUCGGUGAAACUGUUCGGUUCCUGUGCAGCGUGUCAGGUCACCCACCGCCGUGGUCGUCGUGGGAGAAGGACGGCCAGCCAAUCGGCGUCAAUAGCAGGAUGAGGAUUCGCGAGGACGACGACCACCGGUCGUUGGAGAUAUGCGACGUCACCUCCGACGAUGCAGGUCUCUAUCGAAUCACCGUCGAGAACAAAUUCGGAAAAAUCCAAGCCACGGCCCGGCUCGAAGUGUUGACACACAAUCAAACCACAAACGACGUUCAAAUCACAUCAUCAUCUAACGGCAGGAGACAGUCCGGGUCGGCUGCUUGUGCGGGUGAAAAUUUUACUCUCAGCUGUGACAUAAGGGGGAACUCCAUGUCUGACGUUACCUGGUAUAAGGACGACGAGAAAAUCAAGCCCGACGGCAGGGUGACUUCGUCCCUAGACGAUCUGGCGGCCAGACUUUCGAUAUCGAACUUGGAGUUGGUGGACACGGGUGUGUACACGUGUGUGGCGAGGUGCGAGUCCGGCGUCACCAGGUGCUCGACAGAAUUGUGCGUGUUCGACACGAAACCAGCCACCGACUCGUAUCUACAACCUCCGAUAUUCGUCGAGGGUCUUGUUCCUAAACGCACCGCCGACGAAGGCGAACCGGUCCAGUUGACCGUAAGACUCCAAGGUGCAGUUCCUAUGAGCGCCUCGUGGUUUAAAAACGACGUGCCCGUUCCCGACUGCACGGACUUUGAGUACGUGGUGGCCGACGACCGUGGCGAAUUCGGCCUGUCAAUUACCGACCCUUUUGUCAAGGACAGCGGCACUUAUAGUUGCAAAGUGGCCAACUCGUUUGGACAGGCCGUGUCAAGCGGACAACUCGUCAUAAACGAAAUGUCCAGCGAACAACAGGUGCCAACGGUCGCCGAACUGAACAACAAUCUGCAGGACGUUGGAGAAAAGACCGCGAGCGAUUCCACGGUCGUCACCGGAACCGCACUUCCGGCAUCCAUACUCAGGGGGCCAUGUGACACGACCGUCCUGCGUGGCGCCAAAGUCGUCUUGGAGACGUCGUACCAGGGCGAUCCCGAACCAUGCGUCCAGUGGCUCAGAGCGGGCAAAGUGUUGGAGUCCAACGCGCAUCUGUGCAUAACCAACGGGCGCGGCGUGUCCAGUCUGACGAUCGACUCGAUCACGGCCGACGAUUGUGGCAAGUACGUCGUUCGCGUCGACAACGGACACGGCAACGAUUUCCACUACGCCUCUGUCGCCGUCGAAGGACCUCCGGACCCACCGGCAGGCAGACCUGUUGUCUCCGUGUCAGAGACUAGUGCGGACGUAACGUGGUCCAGUCCGGCGUAUGACGGCGGGUGUAUGGUCACCGGUUACGGCGUGGAAGUCCGACCGUUCAAUCAGUCCGAUUGGAAACUAGUGGCCGACAAGUGUCACUCGUUAUCUCACAUUGUCCGGGGUCUGGCACCCGGCGAGUCUUACGUGUUCAGAGUCCGAGCGGAAAACAUGCACGGAUCGAGCGAGGCCAGCUUAGAAUCCACACCGGUGUACAUACUGCAAACUGAUUAUGGAAAUACGCUUUGGCCAAAAACAGUAAACAUAGACGACGGUGAACUAUUUGAUGAGCAAUACGAAGUACUGGAUGAACUUGGAAAAGGCAGAUAUGGGGUCGUGUAUAAAGUUAAAGAACGUGAGACCAACAAAUUUUACGCUGCCAAGUUCGUCAGAUGCAUCAAGUCAUCGGACAAGGAAAAAGCCCAAGAAGAAGUGGACAUAAUGAACUGUCUGCGACACCCGAAACUCUUACAGCUCGACGCGGCUUUCGACAAGCCAAGAGAAGUGGUCUUGGUCACCGAAUACAUUUCUGGUGGUGAACUGUUCGAAAGAGUGGUGGCCGACGACUUCACGCUCACAGAAAAAGAUUGCAUUCUGUUCACCAGACAGAUAUGCGAAGGCGUGGACUACAUGCACAAGCAGAACGUCGUGCACUUGGAUUUAAAGCCGGAAAACAUCAUGUGCCAGUCGCGGACCUCGCACUCCGUCAAGCUCAUAGACUUCGGGUUGGCGCAGAAAAUCGUACCGGGGCAGCCGAUGCGAGUGCUGUUCGGCACGCCCGAGUUCAUCCCGCCCGAGAUCAUCGGCUACGAGCCCAUCGGCCUCGAAUCGGACAUGUGGUCCGUGGGAGUGAUCUGCUACGUGCUACUGUCCGGUCUGUCACCGUUCAUGGGCGACAACGACCCCGAAACGUUCACCAACAUAACGAAAGCCGAAUUCGACUUCGACGACGAGGCUUUCGACGCCGUCUCUCAGGACGCCAAGGACUUCAUAAGCGCGCUGUUGAUCAAACGCAAAGAGUUAAGACUUACUGCCAGGGAAUGUCUGAAACACAAAUGGCUGGCGCAACAGGACAUGGACAUGAGUUGCGUGAUCCUGAGCACGGAUAAACUUAAAAAGUUCAUCAUCCGACGAAAGUGGCAGAAAACGGGCAACGCAAUCCGUGCUCUGGGCAGGAUGGCCACUCUGUCAGCGGCUAGCAGACGUGGUGUCAGCGGAGGUAGCAGUGCUGGAGGAGGAGGUGGUGGAGGAACGGGAGGUGGAUGCGGAACCGUAAGCGUUUUACAAAAGUUAAAAAUGACUUGUCUGAGAGAAGAAGAGUCGGCCGGCGAGGCACCUUCGGAAACUCUACAAGAAAUGGCGAUAACCGAAACAACGAAAAAUGGCAGUGGCCAUAGAUCUUGUGACGCUCGCAGCGACAGUGGAUUUAGUGAUUGUCCAUCUUUAGCGUCACCUACUGCGACGCUCGUCCGGCCGGCAAAAUGUCCAUCGGCCAUAUCCGAGGAAACGCCACCGGUUUCCGACCAGGAUCGUUCUCCUCCACCACCUUCUCGUCGUUCUCCUUCCCUCACUACUCAUCGUUCUCCUUCUCCCGUCACUCAUCGUUCUCCAUCUCCACCACUCCCUGGUCGUCCUUCUUCUCCAGCCACUCGUCGUCCUUCUUCUACAGCCACUCGUCGUCCUCCUUCUCCCGCUACUCAUCGUCCCACGUCUCCCACCUCUCGUCGUCCUACUUCUCCCGCCACUCGUCGUCCUUUUUCACCCUCAACCCGGAGACCCUUGUCUCCUACAACACGUGGUUCAUCUUAUACAACAACUCGUGGACCGUCUCCUCUGGCAACUCAUCUCCGUUCUCCUCUUCCGCGAAACCGUCGUGACGCCACUCAUCCCGUUCAUGACGUACCACUGCCCGCAGGUACUGGAGUCAGUGGCAUGUGCAAGACAAACCGGAUAAUCUUCGACAACGGACGGCGUGACGGCAAUGCAUCAUCGCCUGGUAUUGGCGGCGGCGGCGUUCAGCGUAAGGAACCCAUUCGUAUACAGACGGCCGACAAUUUCCAAAAGGCUAUCGCCUUUUGGAAACAAUAAAGUAUUAUAUUAUUUUGUAACAAUAUAUGGUGAUUACGUCACCCUCUUAGAUCGGGUGUGUUUUUUUUUUAACUAAUCAUAAUAAUAUGCUAUUAUCGAACUAUUAUUAUACAUUCAUUAUUAUACCUACCUGCAUAAUAUUAUACCGUCUUGGAUAGUAAGACAUCUCGUUUACACUUUUCAACUGUUUUUUUUCUUAAAUUUACUUUUAUUUUAUACUUUAGAUAUGAUAUUUUACGUGUUAUUUCAUUAUUGCCAAAGCUUAGACAUUUAAUUUAUAAGUGUACAUAUUAAUAUUAUUAUCACAUAGCGGUUUGAUAUAAUUCGAUAAAUCGUUUUUCGCAUUUCAUUAUACACAAGUGCCAUUGACCGUAAGCCGUUUAUACAAAUAUAUUAUUUACUAUUUUAUUAUUAUAUUUAUAUACAUUAUACAUAAACAUACCUAUUUUAUCCAUCAUCGUGGCUCACUCAUUAUCACCAAUAGGCCCGUGUUAUUGUUAUAUCAUAAAGGUGUCUUUAAUAACAACAUUUUUGUAAGUCUGCUUUUUAUUGUUCACCAUCCGGAUGUAUGUAUUUUUUAUGUUCUUUUUCGUGUGUAAACUUUUACAAUAAAUUAUACAUAUAUACUUAGCA